AUGCGUUGUUUUGUGACCGUUGGUAGCACCGAAUUCGAUGCCCUUGUUGUUGCACUCACUGCCCCUGAAUGUCUGCAAAAACUAAGCGAUCUGGGUGUCCGGGAGCUGCUCAUUCAGCUGGGUCGUGGUAAGCUGGAACCUCGGCGUGGCGAGCAGUGCGGGAUAAUGGUGGAUUUUUACCGAUACCGGGACAACAUUUGGCCGGAUAUUGCGAGCGCCGAUCUGGUCAUUGGGCAUGCCGGGGCCGGAACCUGUCUGGAAGUGUUACGCGCACGCAAACCGCUAAUCGUUGUGAUCAACGAGCAGCUGAUGGGCAACCAUCAACGGGAGCUUGCCGAUCGCCUGGCCGAACUUGGACACCUGCUCUGCACAGUGCCCGAGCGGCUGGCCGAAGUGAUCGCCUCACCGGAUCUCUUCAAUCGGAAACGUUUCGCGGAACCGGAUUACAAAUGGCUGACCGCGGUCAUCGAUGAGCACAUGGGCAUCGUUUACUAG